CAGUGGACACAGACUGAGGCAUGCUGGGUAAAUGUUUGUGUUUGAUGUAAAAGUGCUGAGUAAGCUCUUUUAAGUGAGUCUUUGAAAAGAGCAGAUAUUAUUAUUUCAUUAUUUAUGAUAAAAACAAACUGAAUAUGUGUUUUGCAGCUAGUAAGAAAGUGAUGAAGCACGGCACUUCUUCAAAAACUUCUGUACCCAAAGUUUAUAAGUCCUGCGCUUUGAUUGGCUGCAAUGUGUGCCAAUCAGGGCACAGGAGGGCGGGAUCAGGAAGAACAGGAAGAAGAAUCCCUUCUUGAUUUUCUCAGCACAGCAGCUUAGAGGAGAGAAACUUCUGAGGAAACCGACAGAAUCGUCUGAUGUUUUUCUCACGAGCCGGGCUGUCAGGAUCACUGAAGUCAGAGGAGCCGGGUGGAGCAGAGCAGCAUGGAAAACCAGAGCGCUCAAAAUGUGGCUCCAGGACCACCACAGACUGCUGACACUCAGAGGGAAGCAGGAAGUGGCACAUACACCGCUGAGGGUGGAAGCAACAUCAUCAAUCCUCAGAUUAUUGGAGCUAAUGUUAGAGAUGUUCAUCUCACUGCUACUGUCCUCCAACACGGUCAGCCUGCUCUGACCGAGACAGCCAAAGGUCCUCCCAAAGAUAAAGGUUACAUCCAAAAAUGCCAGUCUUCCCUAAAAUCUUUCCUCGAAAAGGAAACAGAGAAUUUGUGUCAGGGCCCAGAGGAAGAUGGAUCAUUAACUCCUUUAGACAAGAUCUAUACGGAGCUCUACAUCACCAAAGGAGGCAGUGGGGAGGUCAACACUGAACAUGAAGUCAUUGAAUUAGAGUGCAAAAGGUGUCCGAGUGAGGAGACAAAAAUUAACCUCAAUGACAUUUUCAAACCUUUACCAAAUGAAGACAACCCACCUCGGAGAGUUCUGACCAAGGGAAUCGCUGGGAUCGGAAAAACGGUCUCUGUUCUGAAGUUCACUCGGGACUGGGCGAGAGGGGACACCAACCAAACCUUUGAGUUUUUAUUUCCAUUCACAUUUAGAGAGCUGAACCUAAUCAAAGAUGAGAGAUGGAGUCUCAUGGAGUUGAUCACCCACUAUUUUAUAGAAGUGCGGGAUUUGGAGGCCUCAGAUUACAAUCGUUUAAGGGUAUUGUUCAUCUUUGACGGUCUGGAUGAAAGCAAAUUGGAUUUCAAGAAAAACAAGCUGUGCCGCAGCGUCACAGAGCCUAACACAGUGGACGUCCUGCUAACCAACUUAAUCAUCGGGAAACUAAUGUGCAACGCCUCAGUCUGGAUCACAAGUCGGCCAGCAGCAUCCAUGAAGAUUCCCCUCAAGUACAUUGACAGGGUGACCGAGGUCCGUGGCUUUAAUGACAAGCAGAAAGAGGAGUACUUUCAGAGGAAAGUGACUGACAAGGUUAUGGCUCAGAAGAUCUUCCAGCAUCUCCAGUCCAAGCCCCUGAGAAGUCUCUUCAUCAUGUGCCACAUCCCUGUCUUCUGUUGGAUUUCUGCCACGGUUCUCCAGAACCUUCUGACAGAAAGUCACGAAGGUGAAUUGCCCAAGACGGUGACUGAGAUGUACACACACUUCCUAAUAGUCCUGAUGAAGAUGACACAAGAGAAGGAUUACCAGGACAGAGAAACAGACAGAGAGCUGAUUAUGAAACUAGGAAAGCUGGCUUUUGAGCAGCUGAAGAAAGGCAACAUGAUCUUUGAUGAAGAUGCCCUGAGAGACUGGGAGAUUGACCUGACCCAAGCCGCCAUUCAUUCAGGAGUUUGUACGCAGAUCAUCAAAAAAGAACGUGGCCUUCACAAACAUGAGAUGUACUGUUUUAUCCAUUUGAGUGUUCAGGAAUUUCUUGCAGCCCUGUACGUCUUAGAGACCUUCAUCGAUAGUGGAGUAAAUCUACUUGGCAGACAGACAGGCAUGAAAAUGACAGGAGAACUUCCAAUCAUCUUCCUCCACAGGAAUGCUGUAGAUAUGGCUUUGGCCAGCGACUACGGACAGUGGGACUUGUUCCUGCGCUUCCUGCUGGGUUUAUCCCAGGAUGAAAACCAGAGGCUCAUUCAGAAAGUAUUUGGAUUCAAAGCAGGACGUCUGCUGAGCAACAAGGUCACGAUUAGCUACAUUCACCAGAAGAUUAAGAAGCAGACUCAUACCGAACACCGUAUCAAUCUGUUUCAAUGUCUGAAUGAGCUGGGGGACCAUUCUCUGGUAGAUCAAGUCCUGAAGUACCAGAGCUCAAGAUAUAUUGGUGAGAUCUCACCUGCACACUGGUCAGCCUUGGCCUAUAAUCUGCUCAUUUCCAAUGAAGACCUGGAUCUCUUUGACCUGAGGAAGUUCUGUAAAUCAGAGGACGCUCUGGAGAGGCUGCUGCCUGUGGUCAAAGUCUCAAAGACGGCUUUGCUGACUGACUGUAGGCUCACUGACAGAGGCUGUCGCUACAUGUCAUCAGUUCUCAGCUUUAAGUCGUCUGGUCUGGAGACGUUGGACCUGAGCAGAAAUGAUCUUCAAGACUCUGGAAUGAGACUGCUUUCUGACGGACUGAAGAGUCCCAACUGCAAACUCCAGAGGCUCAUUUUAAAUGGAUGUAACAUCACCAUGGAGGGAUGUCAUUCUCUGGCCAAUGCUUUGACUUCAGACCCCUCACACCUCAGAGAGUUGGAUCUCAGCGAGAAUAAAUUCCAGGAUGAAGGACUGCAGUCACUUCUAGGAAUUCUUGACAGAUGCUCUUUGGAAACUCUGAGGCUGGCUGGUUGUGGGUUUUCAGAAGUCGGCUGUGCUGCUCUGGCUUCCUCUCUGAGAUCAAACCCCACCCACCUCAAAGUCCUGGAUCUGGGAGAGAAUGAGCUCAAAGACAACGGGGUUCACAGCCUUUCUGAGUUUUUGACUGACUCACGUUGUGGACUGGAGAGCCUGAUUUUGAAAGUCUGCAUGCUUACAGAACUCAGCUGCUCUUAUCUGGGCCAAAUCUGCUGCCCAGUGCUCAAGGAGCUGGACCUGAGCUCCAACCAGCUGGGGGAGGCAGGGGUGAAGCAUCUUUGUGAAUGGCUGGGUAAACCUCAGUGCUGUCUGGAGAUCCUGAGGCUGGCUGGUUGUGGGUUUUCAGAAGUCGGCUGUGCUGCUCUGGCUUCCUCUCUGAGAUCAAACCCCACCCACCUCAAAGUCCUGGAUCUGGAAAGGAAUGAGCUCAAAGACAACGGGGUCCACAGCCUUUCUGGGUUUUUGACUGACUCACUUUGUGGACUGGAGAGACUGAGUUUGAAAGUCUGCAUGCUUACAGAACUCAGCUGCUCUUAUCUGGGCCAAAUCUGCUGCCCAGUGCUCAAGGACCUGGACCUGAGCUUCAACGAGCUGGGGGAGGCAGGGGUGAAGCAUCUUUGUGAAUGGCUGGGUAAACCUCAGUGCUGUCUGGAGAUCCUGAGGCUGGCUGGUUGUGAGUUUUCAGAAGUCGGCUGUGCUGCUCUGGCUUCCUCUCUGAGAUCAAACCCCACCCACCUCAAAGUCCUGGAUCUGGACUGGAAUGAGCUCAGAGACAACGGGGUCCACAGCCUUUCUGGGUUUUUGACUGACUCUCUUUGUGGACUGGAGAGACUGAGUUUGGAACUCUGCAUGCUUACAGAACUCAGCUGCUCUUAUCUGGGCCAAAUCUGCUGCCCAGCACUCAAGGACCUGGACCUGACCUGGAACCAGCUGGGGGAGGCAGGGGUGGAGCAUCUUUGUGAAUGGCUAGGUAAACCUCAGUGCUGUCUGGAGAUCCUGAGGUGAGGAGCUUCUAAAUGUUUGUCAAUCAACAACAUGCAGAUACGUGCACUGACUGGUUCACGAAGUUCUCUCCAGCUUCAUCCGUCACUCUCCGUUUCUUCAGCCUUUGUAUCAAACAGCUCUGAGAUGGGAUAACUGGCUUCUUUUUAGCAGAAGGCUGGUGUGUGGACUGUAAAGAUGUACAAACUGCUCAUGACAGGAUCACGGCCCACUGCCAAAGAUACACAAGGAGCGCACUGAUGACACGAAAAGACUGGGGGAGGGUGGUGGAAAUUGUUCCUCUUAAACAGCCAAGUUACCUUAACGCCAUUUUAAAUAGUAAAAAUGUUUGCACGCAAAGAAACAGGACAGACAGGCUGUCUGACAACCACAGUGCACCUGUUACUGAACAGGUAAGCAUGAACAGGGGGAAUGGCUGUCUGACAGCGCAGGGUUUCACAUCAGUGUCCGAUUAUACCUGAGAGGGAUUUUUGCCGACCAUCUGGGCACCUCGUUUCAUAAAAGUUUUGUCUCCGUGAUCAAUAAACUGCCGAACCUCUGGCGGGGCGCUGUUACGCUCUGUCAUUCUUUAAAAGCCUCAUUCAUACACGGAGCACAGAACAGCAAAAUAAUAACUAUUUUAAAUGGCGUUAAGGUAGCUUGGCUGUUGGGCAUUACAUGCACUGGAGGAAAACACUGGAAGCGAGCUAUCCCUGUCAUAUUGACUGCGGCCAUGCUGAACCAUAUUAGUAGCUAGCUCCAAUAGCUACAGUAAUGUUAGGACUUAGACUGCGUUUUUUUUUUUUUUUUUCUUGUAAAAAGAAAAGACGCCAGCUCCGCUCAGUUCUUCUUCUACUUGUAUUUUCGGCAGUCCCGCUCAGUUGAGAACUAUCUGUGCUCGAUUACUCUUCCUCAAGGAAGUGGGUGACAUAAACGGUGUGCCACACUGAACUGAAAUUGAAUUGAAUGAGCUGAAUUUUAAUUUCUUAUUUUUGAAUUUAAGGAAUAUAUAGAGUUGAAUGCUCAAGUGAAUAAAAUUCAAUUUCAAAGCAAAUAAAUUCUGUUUCAAAACAUUAAAUUCAAUUUCAAAACAUUGAAUUCACAUUCAAAUCAAGCUAUCAGCUAAAUCAGCCCAUACUAUUCUCCCUGUCUGAACUUCCUGUACAGCUAGAUCCACCUGAAACUACUUAGGAAAGUGGAAAAGUUACAAAUUGUUGCUUUAAAGUUCCUCCUUUUGUCCCUGACAGGCUCACAUAGAUGGUAGCAAAAAUAUCUCAGAGCAACAUUUAGAAACAGACCGCUGUUCCACUUUAAAUAUGGCACUCAAAGUGCUUUUAUUCAGUCUCCACAAACGUGUUUUCAUCAAUUUGGGAUUCUGAUGGAUUAUAUCAAACCAAAGAUGUGCAGGAAACUCCUAGUAAGCCGACUUUAAGGACCUGAGAGGUGAUUACCAGGUGAGAAAGCCUACUGAAGUCUUGUUUUCAGCUUCUAUUUUUUGUCUCACAGGUUGUCUGGACUGUCAGAUAGAAGCUGUGAGGAUCUGGCCUUGAUUGUGGAGAAGACUUCACAACUCAGAGAGCUGCACCUGGAGGAGACUAGAAAAGGGGGGCCUGGUCUGGAACAUUUGUAUAACCUAGAGAAGGA